AUGCUGCUCCGAUACUCCUCGCUACAACGAUUGCUCCGGAUCACAGCGUGGUGCCGUCGCUGGUUGCGGAUCCACCGUCAGCCCCACCACGAGCACGGCCAGCUCGGCUUGAUCAGCGCCGACGAAAUCGAGGAAGCCCGGAUCUCUUGGUUAAAGACAGUCCAGGCAGCAGCAUACAAAGAUGAAAUUAGUCAUCUACAAAGGGAGCAACCCCUGCCGUCGCGAAGCUCCCUGCUAAAGCUCAGUCCAUUUUUGGACAGCGAGGGGCUCCUACGCGUCGGCGGGCGCCUGGAACAUGCUCAGCUGCCAUUCGAUGCCACGCAUCUACCAAUACUACCAAGCAAAUCGAACUACACUUGCCUCAUCAUCGACGACCACCACAAGCGAACGCUGCACGGCGGUACCCAGCUGUCUUUGUGUUCUCUUCGCCAAGAGUAUUGGAUUCCUCGAGGUCGCUCGCUGGUGAAGAGCCGCAUCAGCCGCUGCGUAAGGUGCACAAGGUGGCGGGCCGCCACUCCUCAGCCACUGAUGGAAAAUCUUCCCGCUCCAAGGGUCACGCCAGGCCGGUCGUUCCUUCAUACCGGCGUAGACUACGCCGGACCGGUUUGGAUGCGAACAACAAGGGACCGUGGACACAAGACGACCAAAGGGUUUAUCGUUGUGUUUGUUUGUUUAGCCUCCAGGGCAGUUCACAUCGACGCCGCCUCGGACUACACCGCCGACGCCUUCCUUGCCGCCUUGCGCCGGUUCAUCGCCAGGAGAGGAGUGUGCCACUCGUUGUAUAGCGACUGCGGCACCACCUUCGUGGGUGCCGACAAGCAGCUAAAGCAACUGUUCUCCACUGCCAGUGCGGACGAACGCCGCAUAGCAUCCUGUGCCGCCCAGAAAAAAUCCGGUGGCGUUUUAACCCGCCGGCGGCACCUAACUUUGGCGGCUUGUGAGAAGCCGCCGUGA